AUGGAGGAUGCAGAGGUCGAAGUCUUCGGGGAUGAGGGUGACCUGGAUGCCUGCGCAGAGGCUCUUGACCAGCAGCGGAGACAGUUCGAGAUUGAGGGAAAAUAUGAGGAUGCGGAGCAGGUGAAGAUGCGCCUGGAGCUGCUACAGGAGAAGGCUGAUGCCAAGCGCAAAGAGGCCUUGCGGCAGCGACAUUUGGCGCAACGCCUCGGAGUAGAGGAGGCGCACAUGAAGGAGCUGCAGGAGUUCAACCAACACUGGGAUCAGAAGGUUGCAGAGUUUGAAGCUCACGCAGCGAGUCUGCAAGCCCAGCUGCAAGAGAGGCACAACCAGGAGUUUGCCGAUGCGCGGAAGAAGUUCGAGACGGAGACCGAGCCUCGAAAUCCACGCUUCAGCAAGGAUCUUCUGAACUUGAGGAAGAUUCAGGAUACCCUUGCCAAAAUGAAGAAGUAUUCCGAGGCUUCCAAGACCAAACAGCAGGCGGACCUCCUGGAGGCCAAAGAAAGAGAAGCCUGGGGCGCCAAGCGCGAGACCAAGAUCCGCAGUUUGGAGGAGCAGUUUUUGCACAAGCAAUCCUUGGAGAUGACGGGCCUGACAAAGCGCAUUGUGUCCGGACGCGAGGAGCAGAAGCAAGCACGAAAGCUGGAGUUGCAGCGAUUGCUGCAGCGUUACCACAACGUGAAGGGGCAGUUGGAGUCGCAGCAAAAGAUCGAGACUUGGCGAAACGAAAAGGCAACCCCGCGUGGACGGCAGCCUUCUGGUGGACUCUCUGGCUACGGCUCCGGCUCCUUGUCUGGCUACGCUCGACGAUGA